AUGACGAAGCGAAGUUGGAAGGAAUCAAUGAAGGCAUUUGGGAGUCAUGUUGAUCCUGAAAAGGAAGAACAGUGGAAAUGGAUGAAAAUAGGUAAUUAUUCGAUUCCAGAACAACCUCGACCCUUUGAAUGUUAUUGGAGGUUGUGGGAUAACGCGUUAGAGGCAAAAAGAAGGCAAUAUAAAGCGAAUGUUCGAGCACAAAUUUACCCCCAAUGUGGUGGAUUUAUGUGGUAUACAGAAUGCCAAUUGGUUCGCAAAAUUGAGAAUAAAGUAAAAAGGAUUGCAAAGCUAAUCAAGAAAAUAAACCAAGGUAGUAGAGAAGGAAAUUUGAGGAGAAGAUCAGAAUUGCUUCAACUUGUUGAUGAAUUCCACAAACAGUACAAGUCCCUCUAUUCGGUGUACGAUAAUCUCAGAGGGGAAGUAAGGAAAAAACUUAAUGAAGAACAUGAGGGAGAUUUAUCAUCUCAAUCUUCUUCAUCGUGUUCGAAUUCAGAAUCAUAUUUUAGCCCUGAGGAAUUGACCGCGAAAAGUAGUUCAUCUUGUACCAAUUAUGAGCCUCUUGAUGAGGAUGCUAUGUUGAAGGACAAAGUUAUAACUUCAAAUAUUGAAGUGAAGGGGGGAAGUGUCGAAAGUUAUGAUAUGGAAAACUUUGAGACACCGAUGUCUUAUAGCCGAGGGUCUGAAUCAGGGGAAUUCUUCAAAGACUUGAGGAUUCAAGGUGAAGAGAAGUUUAUAGAUGAAUCUGAAUGGUUCCAAGAGAAAGUAAAAGAAAAAGAAGACGAAAUCUUGUAUCUGACCGAUGAUUUUGAGCUUCGAGAGAAGGAGAGAUUGUCUCAAAUGAAGGGGUUAGAGGAUCAAAUUGCUAGUAUGAAGGUUGAACUAAAUAACUUAUGUGUUCAAAAGAGAGAACUUGAAGAUCAACUCGGGUGCAAGUCGAAUGAACUUAAGCAAAUGGAAGAUAGUAACUCGGGACUGCAAUCUCGUGUGUUAGAGCUAGAAGCAACCUUCACAGAAAUUGAUGAAAAUCUACUCAACUCAACGUCUAGAAUAGAUGAUCUUAUGGCAAAAUCACACAUUCUUCAGCAUGAAGUGGAUCGUUUAAACACUGAAAAGCAUGAAUUGGAACAAAAGUUGUUGAAUGAAACCAAGAAAGGAUCAGAACAAGUCAAGGACUUGGCAGAAAAAACACAUUUUUCAGAACUGCAGCACGUAAAUGGUCCACUGCAGCAAGAUGUGGACCGUGUACGUGUUCAAAGGAAUGACUUAGAACAAAAGUUGUUACAUGAAACCAACAAAGGAUCGAAACAAGUUAAGGACUUACAUUUUUCAGAACUACAGAAAUCCGAUUUGGAGCUGUCACUCGAAAAGAAGUCUCACGAGGCAUCUGACCGAGUUAAGGAUUUAACAGAAAGGACUAAUUAUCUGCAACAUGAGUUGGAAGCCUUAAGAAACCAGAAUUGUGAACUAGAGUUGUCACUCCAAGAAAAAACACAAGAACUAUCAGAAUAUCAUCUUCAGAUAGAAAAUCUGAAAGGGGAACUAAUGAGCACUACUUCAUCCAAAAAGGGGCUAACAAAAGCAACGGAGGGCUUAAAAUCGGAGGUGAACUCACUCAUGGAUGCAAAAUGUGACAUGGAAGAGAAGAUAAUGGAUAUGAAUCAAGAAGCUUAUCAUUCAGAGUUACAAAAAGAAAAGCUGAAUGAUAAGAUCAUGGAAUUGGAAACAAAACUAUUAGGAAAAGAAGCAGAGGUGGGAAUUCUUCAAAAGAAGCAUGAGGCUUACAUGAACGAUAUGUCGGCUCAAGGUUCAACAUUGACAGCGCGAAUCAACAAUAUUCAAAAGCAGCUGCAAACCGCGGAAACUGAAAAAUCAAGAUUUCAGUCUCAGCUUGAGAAGGAAAAACAUGAAUUUUCCCAAAGCCUUGUGCAGAUGGAACAGGAAAAUACCGAAUUGACUAUCAAGAUCGCGGAGCAGGAGAAAACUUUACGAGGGAUGCAAGAUGUUGUAAACAAGUCAAAAGGGGAACAUAAGCAAAUGCAGAUCAAGUUAGAGGAUUCCAAAUUAAAUUUCCACAAUGCUGAAAGAAAACUAGGAGAAAUAACGGAGGAACUACGCAAGUCAUUUGAAGACAGUUUACGAAUCUUGAGCAGAAGGAUCCGCGUGGCAGAACAAAUGCAUAUCGAGAACAAGGAGUGGUACCAAAAAACCAGAAACUCAUACGAGAAAGAGAACAAAGAUCUAAAAGAGAAAAAUGCAAGAAAUGAAAUGGGGUUGAGGGGAAUUAAGGAUAUAUCGUUGACAGCUAGCGAUAUGUUAGGUUCACUAGACACUGUGGCACUCAAGUUUGAGGAAUGCACUGCUCAUUUCUUGAAUCGAAUAUCAAAGAAUUCAUGCGAGCUGCAAUUUGUAAAAGAUUGGGUGAUGAGGAAAAAUAAAGCAAUGGCACACGUGAAAGAUGACUUUGAUUGCUUACUUGCACAAUGUGAUGACAAAGAAUCUGAGAUAUUGAAGUACAGAGAGAAAGUUUGGAAGUCAGAGAACAGAGUUAGGGAACUAGAGAAGAUGAUCAAGGACAGAGAGGAAUCAGUGUUGUCUCUCAAGGAGGAAAAACGAGAGGCGAUUAGGCAAUUAUGUGUAUGGAUUGAUUAUCAUCGUAGUCGGUCUGAUUACUAUAAGAGGAUCUUGCUAACUGAAUUUGGCCGGAGGAGCGCUCCCUAG